AGCGGGGCGGGGCGCCGGGCAGGUUCCUCAGCGUUCCGUGGCGGCGGCGGCGGCGGCGGCGACAGCGACAUGGAGAGCGGGGCCUACGGCGCGGCCAAGGCGGGCGGCUCCUUCGACCUGCGGCGCUUCCUGACGCAGCCGCAGGUGGUGGCGCGCGCUGUGUGCUUGGUCUUCGCCUUGAUCGUGUUCUCCUGCAUCUAUGGCGAGGGCUACAGCAACACCCACAAGUCUAAGCAGAUGUACUGCGUGUUCAACCACAACGAGGAUGCCUGCCGCUAUGGCAGUGCCAUCGGAGUGCUGGCCUUCCUGGCCUCGGCCUUCUUCUUGGUAGUCGACGCGUAUUUCCCCCAGAUCAGCAAUGCCACUGACCGCAAGUACCUGGUCAUUGGUGACCUGCUCUUCUCAGCUCUCUGGACCUUCCUGUGGUUUGUUGGUUUCUGCUUCCUCACCAACCAGUGGGCGGUCACCGACCCGAAGGACGUGCUGGUGGGGGCCGACUCUGCGAGGGCAGCCAUCACCUUCAGCUUCUUUUCCAUCUUCUCCUGGGUAGGACGGCCAGGGGCCGGUUCUUGGGUAAAGGGUGGUGGAGGGUGGGGUCCCCCACCCACCUGUACCCCUCUGUGCUCCCCCUGCAGGGUAUGCUGGCCUCCCUGGCCUACCAGCGCUACAAGGCUGGUGUGGACGACUUCAUCCAGAACUACGUCGACCCCACUCCGGACCCCAAUACCGCCUACGCCUCCUACCCAGGUGCAUCUGUGGACAACUACCAACAGCCACCCUUCACCCAGAAUGCGGAGACCACCGAGGGCUACCAGCCGCCCCCUGUGUACUGAGUGGCGGUUAGGGUGGGAAGGGGGACAGAGAGGGCCCUCCCCUCUGCCCUGGACUUUCCCAUGAGCCUCCUGGAACUGCCAGCCCCCUCUUUCACCUGUUCCAUCCUGUGCAGCUGACACACAGCUAAGGAGCCUCACAGCCUGGUGGGGGCUGGCAGAGCCACACCCCAAGUGCCUGUGCCCAGAAGGCUUCAGUCAGCCGCUCACUCCUCCAGGGCACUUUUAGGAAAGGGUUUUUAGCUAGUGUUAUUUCCUUGCUUUUAAUGACCCCAGCCCCGCCUGGAGUGGCUAGAAGCCAGCAGGCACCCAUGUGCUACUGAGAAGUGCCUCAGCUUCCCCCCGGCCCGGGUCAGGCCGCGGGAGCCGCUAUUAUCUGCGUUCUCUGCCAAAGACUCGUGGGGGCCAUCACACCUGCCCUGUGCAGCGGAGCCGGACCAGGCUCUUGUGUCCUCACUCAGGUUUGCUUCCCCUGUGCCCACUGCUGUAUGAUCUGGGGGCCACCACCCUGUGCCCGUGGCCUCUGGGCUGCCUCCCAUGGUGUGAGGGCAGGGCUGGUGCUCAUGGCACUUCCUCCUUGCUCCCACCCCUGGCAGCAGGGAAGGGCUUUGCCUGACAACACCCAGCUUUAUGUAAAUAUUCUGCAGUUGUUACUUAGGAAGCCUGGGGAGGGCAGGGGUGCCCCAUGGCUCCCAGACUCUGUCUGUGCCCAGUGUAUUAUAAAGUCGUGGGGGAGAUGCCCGGCCCUGGGAUGCUGUUUGGAGACGGAAUAAAUGUUUUCUCAUUCAGUC